CCUAAACUCCGGGGUCCAUUCCGGUUUAGGUCGUCGGGCCGGGCAAUUUUUCGUUCCGGGAGGAAGGGGAGACUUACCCGUGCUGGAGGUUACGAGUAUCUCCAAGCGAGCGCCAAAACAUAUUUUUUUUCUUCCAUGGAGUUAGUGAAGGAGGGCGAAGAUGACACUAACCAUGAAGGCAGAGAUGAUGAAGUUGCGUCGGUCGGCAGAACGAGUUCGAAAGGCGAUGUCAGCAGCCCUAGUUCCUCAGAUUCCGAGUCUGACGAAGAAGCUGCGGAGGAAGUCCAGAUUGGAGCCCUACGGCAGCAGCUUGAGGAAAACCCUUUGAACUACGAAGCUCAUGUCCAGCAUAUACACCACUUAAGGAAACUCGGACAUGUUGAAAAGCUUCGACAAGCAAGGGAAUCAAUGAAUAAAUAUUUUCCUUUAAGCCCAAAAAUGUGGCAGGACUGGGCAAAAGAUGAGGCUACUCUAAAUCAAGGGUCUGAAAAUUUUGAGGAAAUUGAGAAACUUUAUGAGCGUGGGGUUCAUGAAUAUUUGUUUGUGCCUCUAUGGUGUGAUUAUCUAGAAUUUGUUCAAGAACAUGAUCCUUUGGUGUUAGAAUGUGCACCGGGUGGUUUAUCAAAGAUGAGAACUUUAUUUGAGCGUGCUCUUACUGCUUGUGGAUUGCAUUUUUCUGAGGGCAGCAAUAUUUGGGAAGCAUACAGAGAAUUUGAGCAGGCAGUUUUUCUAACAAUUGAUGGGAGUGAUAAUGAGGAGAAAGUAAAACAAGCUCAACGCAUCCGAGCUCUAUUCCAUCGUCAGUUAUCUGUUCCUUUAGUGAAUCUGAGGUCAACUCUCACAGAUUACAAGCUUUGGGAGGCUGAACAAGGGAAUCUAAAUGAUGUGAACUCCGAGUUUGAUGGAGUUCCUAGCAAUAUUGUUUCUGUAUACCAGAAAUCCCUGGAAAUGGGCAAUGCUCGUGCUUCAUAUGAGGCACAGCUCUCCAAUCAUGAUGCUACUGAGGUUGAUAGACUUCAGCAUUUUGUGGUAUGA